GCGACUCGUGGUGGGCAUAGUAUACGCGGCGGCUGUGUACAAUACAAUAUAUAUAAUAAUAUAUAAUAUUAUAAAUUAUUAUUGUAGCCUGUUGCUUCCUUCGGGCGCUGCGGCCGCCGCGGCAAAACGGUUUUUAGUGUGGCGACGACUUGCUGUGACAAUGGACACGCCGAAGCCGUAGCGGUACAGUCUCGUCCCGGCAGUGUGCGUGUGCCUGUGCCUGUGUGUGUGUGUGUGUUCGUCGUGUAUGUGUACGUACUACAAGCGUGUGUCCGCAUUCGCCUUCGCAGUCGUCUAGCGUUCGCUCACGUGCCGCCGUUGCGGUGUUGUGCAGUCUUCGCCGACGACCAUCUGGGCGCCGCGUUUCUGGUUUCGGCCGCGUAAACCGACGACCCUUCCGCACGCCCCCCCCCCCUCCCCUACCCGCCGCCGAGGGUGCUGUACGGCCGACGACGUACCGGCCCGCCGACAUGCACCAUUACCGGACCAGGGAAGAAGAAACGUCCGCUUGCGGCGGCGGCGGCAACGACCCGUACUUUUACCUCCGGCUGUCGGCCGGCACCGCGACGUACGCCAACCCCUUAAAGCUCGAGGUCGACGUCAAGCCGGAACCGGGAAUGACGCCCGUGCCGCUCCACGGCGGUUCGCCUUCUACCACCGACGUGCACAUGGACGCCGGCGGCGUUGGCUGCGGUGGCGGCGGCAUAGGCCUGUUGGCGUUGACUCAACUCGACGGUUACGGGUACAAAUCGUACGAUUCCGGCGACGGCGGCGUGAUCGCCUCCACGGACGUCGGCCACCUGGCCUAUUCGUCACCUGACGACACCAAAUCUCAUCUACACCAGCACCACCAGCAGCAGCAACAGUAUGGCGGUGAUGAAUUCACACCAGAUCCAGCUCGGUUUGCUGCUCAAAAGCCCGGUUCGUCCGUGUACGCCGCUGAUUCUUAUUACUUAGAUGGUACAGGAAACAACAGCGAUGUUUGGACCACCAGUGCAACUGCUCAACUUCAGUCUCCCACGACAUACACCACGUACACAAAUCCACCGAAUUCGCUGCUUAGCACGUCACCGAACAUACCGACAAACAGUUUUCCAGCGACGAAUUCCAUGUUAACCCCAGAGAACAUGGGCUACAACACUAUCGUUCCAAAUGCUAAUUUACCUCCCGGCGGAGUUACACCUGCAACUGACGGACUAGGGACUUCCCCUCUACCGCCCAUGUCAAGUCUGCGCGGAGCUCCUCCUUCCGCUCCAAGCCCAAUUGCAGUUACCCCUAGCUCAAUGAUGUACCCGGGACAUAACAGUCCCACUAUUCAAACUCCUGGUGAUACACUUGGCAAAGCAUUAGCAUCAAUAUAUCCGACUGACCAGAGUGUCAGUAGUUACAGUUCAAACCCAUCGACACCUAUAAGUUCACCACCACCUCUAGCACCUAUGGCGCCAGCAAACAGCGCUGGACCUUGGACCCCUGGCGUAGUAGCACCUCAUCCUGGAUCUCCUCAUUUUCCUUCUACCGACCAUCGAGCUAUUCAUAUGGGUACUAGAAUGGAAGAAAGACUGGACGACGCUAUUAACGUUCUACGAAACCAUGCAGAGAGUCAGGCAUUAAGUUUAGCCGGUGUUCAACAUUCCUCCGCAGGCAUUGUCCCGCUGUAUCAUCAUCAACACCUAGGAAGUCCUCAUUCAGCCGCAGCAUCGGUCGGUGGCGUGCCAAAUACAUACCAAACUUUACCGACUUGCCCAGACAGUGACGGACCAAUUAAAAUCGAAAGAUUAAGCAAUAGCAAAAAGCGGAAAGAACCUCCAGACAGUUCGGAUACGAAGCCCUCAAGCAGUGAUCAUUUGUUAGUAAAUAGCAUCGUUAAUGUCAAUUCACCCCCUGACGAUUCGUCUUUAAUUAAAAAUUCAAAACGGUCCCGCCGAUAUUGUUCGAGUGCCGACGAAGACAACGAAGAUCCAUCAACGAAAGCGCACAGAGAAAAAGAAAGAAGGCAGGCAAACAAUGUCCGCGAGAGUGUGGACGACGAGUGCGAAGAUCCUGAAUUAAAAGCUCAACGGGAGAAGGAGCGUCGCCAAGCAAAUAACGCUCGGGAAAGAAUCCGAAUACGGGACAUUAACGAAGCACUGAAAGAGCUGGGAAGAAUGUGCAUGACACACCUAAAGACGGACAAGCCUCAAACAAAAUUGGGUAUUCUAAACAUGGCCGUCGAAGUUAUUAUGUCGUUGGAACAACAAGUCAGAGAGCGUAAUCUCAAUCCUAAAGCGGCUUGCCUGAAGAGAAGAGAAGAAGAAAAAGCUGAAGACACUGUUGGCCCUAAACUUGGACAUCAUUUAUCGGCUGUUGCGCAACACAUGGUUGUUCAACCUCCACAUUUUCCAACCAUGACAAUGCAAAACAAUCAAACAGGAUUGCCUCACAAUGGACCUCAGUAGCAAUGGAGAACACCAUCACCACACGCGUUGUACUCCUAAGUGGUCUGAAGGUGAUGGGGCAUUCGAUUGCUUUAAACCAUUCUCAGUUUAUUUUAACGAGUAUUGCCAAGUAUAUUAUAUAUAUAAAUAUAUGUAUAUCUAUAUAUAAUAUAUUUAUUAGUGAUAUUUUAAAACGAUUUUGUUAUAUUUUUCUUUCUAUACGAUUUUUUUUUUUAAUAUUUAAAACAUAAUUGAAUUCAAUUGUGAUGAUUAUUUAUUAUUUUGUUUUAUUAUCGUAGCGACCAGUAGUUUGAACCAAAUUUUUUUUUUUUAAAACGGUUUGGAAAAUGUAUAAUGUUUUUUUACACAAACAAUGUUCACCUCGAUCUGAUGAUACUAAUUAGACGUUUUUGUUGACUUAGUAUUGUCAUUUAUGUUAACUGUUAUAAUAUCUUCGUGCUUCAAUUAAGUUUUACCUAAUGUAAUCUUUUUUCAUUAACUCUUAAACUUUUUUUCAUCGUUAUCAUCAUUAAAAUCUGUCAGUAUUAUUUAAAAAAAUAUAUAACUUAAAAGUCUCCUAAUUAUUCUGUCCGGAGACUGUUAAUUUUAUUUUGACAAUCAUUCAAUUAGCCGUAAACUACAGGUGUUAAACAUUUUUUUUUUCGAUUAGUUUAAAUAAUUAUUUUUAAUUAAUUAGAUAGAAUACGUGUUGUAUACUUUGCCGUGAUUAUUUUUUUUAUGUGCAAUUUUGUUCUAUGAAAUUAUUGUUAUUUAAAUAGUUUUGUCUGCUCUUAAAAAUCAAACGAUGUGAUGAAAAUUAAAGAAAGAUUACAUUUAUUAAAACUAUUUAAUAACAGGAUAAACAUAAGUAAAAUGUAUUACCGAACAUGUCUAUUUAGUAUGAUUACAAUGAGGUGAAUUUUUUUAAAAUUUAUUAUUAUUUAUUUAAAGCGAUAAAUGUUCACAAAUACAAGUUUUAAAUUUUUACAACUUAAACCUAACCUGACUGACGGGUUAAAGCGGCAUUGUGAUUGAUCUGGCUAGAAUUUCAUCGCUGGCAGCCUUAAAUGAUUGACAUCAAUUAUGUUUUUAUAUUAAAAAAAAUAUAUAUAUAUAUAUAUUUAUAUAUAUACACAUAUGUAUAUGUAUGUGUAUGUACUUAUAUAUAUAUAUAUAUAUUUCAAACCGUUGUGACGAUUGUAAUUAAAUUUAAAGGUGUAUAUUGUGAAUAACAGUAAUGUACUACACGAUCGCAAUCGAUUGUUUGUAAAUUCUCAAAUAUACUUUUUUGUUGUAAAGUAUGGCAUAAACAAUUACCUAGAAAUCAAAUGAAAAUUAUUAUAAAGUAUUUAUUUAUGUAACGGCGGUAAAUUACAACAUUUAUAAUUGACUGUUUUUUUUUUUUUUUAAC